AUGUACGCAACAGCAAAAAAUGGCCUCAGAAAAUGCUCUAAUGUAGACGAGGCUCGUCUUCGAAUAUUUACGCAAACAUAUACAAACAAAAUAGAGCCCACAGACGAGUUCAAGCAAAAGUUGAUGAAUUUCGAUGCUUGCAUAUUACCACCUUGUAAACGUGAACUCCAACAACAACUUCUUCGAGCAGCGUACAUUCGACAUAUGUGGAAAAAUUAUUUUUCUCCAGUCCCCAACGAGUCAUUGAAUGUAGAGGAAUUCGGCUGGAAACUGGAAAAUAACAGCUAUUCCUUCCGGUGGUUCGAGGGUGAUGACAUUCCUCCUAAUGUACAGGAAAUUAUUGAAGCCCCACAAGAAAGCGGCGCUAAUGACGAGGAAGUCAUAUUGAUGUAUCCAAAUUUUGAUGAUGAAGAGGAUGACGAAUCGAAUAAUGACGAUGACAGUGAUUGCCAAUCCGAUAUUGGCUACACAACGGAAGAAGAUCCAAGAAAUACGGCUCAUGUGCAACCUAGAAUUAUAACAGUGCCAGAGGAGUCUGAAGUCAGUGAGAUUCAUGAAGGUGACUUUGGUGUUAAAUUAGAAUGUACUAGACCUAAAAGGAAUGUAAGAUAA